UGAACCCGUGGUGGCUUUUCGGGUGUAUUUUAUUGUUAAUGGAAGAUUCUCAUGCCGUGACAGCCAUGUUGUAAAUUCACCGAUGCCUUUAGAUUUUUUUUGAAUUAAUUUUUUUUUUGUGGUAUUGAAUGUUUAGGAUUGGUUUUUCGGUUUUUGGUUUUUCAAGCCGGUGGAGAGACUUGUGGGGUGCUGUGGAGGGAUUUUUGAGUUUGGGAUUAAGAGUGACGAGCAAAUAUUGAGGAGUUUGAUUGAGUUCUGGAGUGUUUUAUUAAUUGAUGGAUUACCUUGAGGAUCCAGACUCGGCCGAAAGUACCAUGGAGACAGGUAGCAAUUUGCCCGCAGCGGGCAAUUACCCGGUUGGCAAUCGUCAGCAAUUCUGUGUAUCCUGGAACUCCCAUCAGUCUAAUAUGCACAGUGCAUUUCCAAAGUUACUCAGCUCAGAGCAGUUUGUCGAUGUGACACUUGCCUGCGAUGGUGGCUCGAUAAAGUGCCACAAAGUCGUACUGUCAGCGUGCAGUGAUUACCUGGAGAGACUACUCCUGGAGAUACCCUGCACUCAUCCCAUCAUAUUCCUCAGGGAUAUGCGUAUGUGGGAGCUACAGGCUCUGGUUGAAUUCAUGUAUCGGGGUGAGGUCUACGUCGAGGAGCAGCAACUCACUAGGCUCAUGCAAGCUGCUGAGGCACUUCAGGUGCGUGGAUUGUCAUCCCAAGGACGAGAAGCAGCCCAAGGAGAGAGUCCAACAGCCCAGAGUUCCUCGAGCACCCCAUCAACUCCAUCAUCACCUUCGAAGCAGACUCAACCCAGCUACAAGAACGACGAGACCCCGGCCAUGAAUUCCACCGACUCCUUCCUCGACACUCCCGCCACUGUAACACCAGCCACGAUAAAUAAUGCAUCAGUAACAGGUACCCAGAACAACUCAACAGCCGCAAACAGCUCAACAUUCAUGAACAUUGAGCACACCGAGGCACUACAGCAUCUGGAAAAGGCACUGAGCUCAUGCGAGGCCACACUGACAGAAACACCUGGAAUGGUGAAGAUGGAACCAGAUGAACAAUUCACGCAGCAGGACAAGCCUUAUUCGAUUAGUAUGGUACCAACGAGCAAUUCAAAUUGCAGCAAUCCAAGCAGCCCUUUCCCAGCUAUUGAAGGAUAUCAAAGACGACAGCGUCGCUCCGAGGCUGAACUCAAGCAGGCAUCUGACAUGGUGGCCCGUGGCAUGACGUUUCAAGUUGCUUCCGAAAAAUACAACAUUCCGAUCAGUACCAUACGCUUCUACAUGGUCAGAAAGGGUAUCUUACAGAGGCGAAAACGUGGUCGUGGCUCGAGUAACGUAGGUGCGUCCAACAGUCAGCCCGGUAGUCCAGCGAGUCCACCGUUUCACAUGAUGAAUUAUCGUUUGCCCGAGAGCCUGAACUCGAGUCUCCAGUAGUCAAGUUUCUCCCAAAAAUUUACCAACAGAAUGAAUUACUCUAAGAAAAACUCAACCAGAGUUUUUUUUUUGUUUUCCAAUGAAAGAUAUACAAAGAGGAAAAUGAAGGGAAAAAUCGAUGAAACGAGGAUUUAAUUAAGCCAUUAAUUGUCUAAUUAAUUGAUUAAAUGAUUAAUUAACGAAAAAAAUAAUAAUUGUGAAAAAAUUGAGUUUUACACUCGAAUGGUUCAUUACUCGACUCGAGUCCAGGUUUAUCACCAAAAAUCUCACAGGCUCACGAUAAAAAAACGUCGGACAAUGUCUAAAACACUUCCAUCCCGUAAAAAAAUAAACGACAAAAUAAUUGAUAUAAAAUUAAUAAUAAUUAGCAACGUAAUACGAAUUAUUGUAUAGAAAACACUUGUUUGAACGCAUAAUCCGGUUUAAUCGACGCGGUGUGUGUGUGUGUGUGUAGCGGAUUUUUUUCAUUUUCAUUAUUAUUAUGAAUUUUAGAGGGUCCGUGUGCGAUUGUUACAAUUAUUAUUUCUCAUUUUUUCAUUUUUUCUUUUUUAAGUUAACAAACGCGUUUGAUGAGAUUAUUUUGUAUUCGAGUGGGACUGGGGCUUGGGAAUUACCUCAUGUCAGGUAUGAUGAGGCCCAAAGUGCACCCCAAAAUGACUUAAUUGUCGAUGAUUUUUUUUUAAUUAUUUAAUUUAAAAAAGAAAAUUCAUCGAUAGUUUUAUAAAGAGAUUAGCAUUAGGUUCUUGCGACUUUUUUACCUCCCAUUUUGAGUACUUCUAGAGUUAUUGAUGAUUGUUCAUGCUCAUUAUUGAAGUAAUUAGUAUUUUAUUUGAUUGGUUUAGUGAUUCAGGUGGGCAGUGGUGGGGUGAGGUGAAAAAAUUUUUUGUGGGAACAUUUUUUGGGGAGAAAAUGGAGAACUGCAGGAAAGGGUUUUAUCAAAAUUUUGUCGUCUCCAUUAUAUUGAGAGAUGUUAAUCAAAAACUGAGAUGAGUUGCUUGAAUUUACAAAAUCAACAAAAGAGAUUCCUACAAUUAUUUUGCUAUCUCUAUUAGGGCCCAACAGAUUUGUAACAAUCUUAAAAAAAAUUUGAUUCCACUUCGAAAAUAAGUUUGCAACAACUGUCUCCAAAUUCUUAUUGAAUUUCGCCAGUUAUUUAAUUAUUAUUAAUCGAUUAUUAUCAUUUCGGGCCAUUUUCGGUUAUUUAUAAAAAUCAAAUGCUCGUGCUCCUUUUUUUCAUUUAUUAGGGUUGAUUAAUUGUCAUCAAAUGCAAUUUUUUGUAGAUCUAUAGUACAACAUAUUUACGAAAAACGGAAAAAUAUUGAAUAUUUAAGCUUCACAAAUAGCUUUCCCCUAAAUAUUUUGAAAUCUAAAUGAGAUAUUAAAAUUUUCUCAACAAAAAAGGUUUUCACGUGAAAAAUUGUUAUCAAAACAACAUUAAUUCCCCCUCAUUUCACCGGUAAAUCACCUGAUUCAAUAAUAACAAUGACUGGGCCCUCUUAUAAUUAAAAAAUGAAGCUCUAAAAGUCAAUGAAUAUAUUGAAGAGUCCACACACCUGUGUACAUCGCGAAUACUCUGAUAAUAAUCAUGACCUAGUGUAAAACGCUUUUACGUGUUUAGUGUACAAAUUAAAUGAGAAUGAAAAAAACCAACAAAACUAGUAGAUGAACGAUAUGAAAAUGAAAGAGAAAACAAUUCGUGCGGUGUCACACUUUGUUACAUAGCAUUUCAGAGGCCAUAUUUUUUCAUGCAAUGCAAUAAUCGAGAACAAAAUAGUUAUUUAAAUUAAAGAUAAUGGGAAAAUGGAAGAAAUUAACAGACAGCACGAAUACCUCUACAUGAAGAUAUUUUUUUUUCCUUUCGAAUGGCACUACGAUUAUACGUAAACACCAAUGAUCAUUAAUUAUUUGAUGAUUUCACAAACUGAUCUUUUACCAGUAUUUUCAAUUAAUGAAGCGAAUGAUGAAAAAAAACCAAUGCAGAAUAAUUUUCUACGGAUUUAUCUUGAUGGCCUUUACUCAGUCUAGUAUUUUUAUCUUUUUUUCCUUCUUUUUUUAGCAUUCUAUUCGAAUUACUGUCCUUGGGAGACAGGCUUUCUUCGGUGAAGAAAGCCCAGGGCCUCAUCGUUAUCAUUCAGUAAUUUUUCAACCUAUUUACCUCUUCACCCUCUUGAUUUUGGUUAGUUUAGAUGAGUUGAGGCAGAUCGUAUUUAAUUUUUUUUUUCGAAUUGGUAACUCGUCGGAUGAUCCUUGAUGACUGCGAUUAGUCAUCGUGUAUUGUAGAUAGAAUUUUUUUCGCUGGAGAUUAUGUGGAUUUUGGUAAUGGGGAAGAUAACCGGAAAUGAAGGGGUAGAAUUCAACAGAACGAGCUGGUUUAUAACUCUUGUUAUCUGAUUUUGAAUUAUUCAUUUCUGGAUUAAAAAUUGAAUGUUCGUGAUGAUUUUUUUUGUUCGUUAAGAUUCUGAAAUCAUUUCUUUGAUGAUUAAUUUUCUUGGGGGGAUUUUUCAGUCGUGAGAGAGCAGGGGAAAACUAGACAAGUCAUGAGGUUUUUUUUACUUAAUUUUUUCAACUCAGUAACAAGUCAAGGGGAAAAUUCACGACAAGAAAUGGCGUUUCAACAUCAAUUCAAGCAAAAUUUUCGUGCAAUUACGCAUUUUCUCCCAAUAAUGGAUAGGUGCAGAGAAAAUAUCGUGAGACAUUUUCUUGAAAGGGAAAUAAAAGUCCCACAGAUGAUGUCUCUUCAAAUAUUCACAGGAUAAAUCCCAUAAAUAAUGUUUCUUAACAUUCCCAAAGCCGAGAAUUCUCAGUCAUUGUUAAUUCUCCGUUAAUUACGCAUUUAUCUCCGUAAUUAUCGGUUUUAGGGGAAAAUGUUAGAAGAUCAUUUUUAUAGAGGAUGGAAUUCCCCACAAAAAAAGUCCUGUAACACUUUCCUCUAAAUCCAGUCAUUACUGGGGUAAAUCGGCGCGAAGUUCAGCUAUUUCACUCUCACUGAAUUCACGUUACUUCACUUGAACCUAAAAUUUAUUUCUCGCUCAAAUAAAAUCCACAAUCUCCAGCAUCUCAAGAAAAACAACCCAUACACUGUGGUUUAUUUAUAUGACUCUACGAAAAUGAUUCAAAUUACUCUUACUCGUGGAAUUCCCGUCGUUUCGUUGGAAUCGUCUGAAUAUGUACUGUUUUCUCCUACUUUUUUUUACACAUUUUUUUUAUUUGUAUUAUUUCCUAGGAGGCUUUUUGUUCCUCUAACAAAGAGGCGACACUUCGCACUGAACAAAGAGCAAAAACUAUAGAUAAUAAAAGGAUGAAAGUGCACAUGUUAAACCCUCACACAUGAAGGAGAACACUUAAGAACUCUAUUAAAAUUUUUCUCAUAUUUUUUUUCCAAAUACUAGACUUUUUUUGUUCGCUGAGAAAGUAAGAAAACCCAAUUACUCAAUUACUCAAUUACUGUGUCAGUGAAUUUUAUAUAGGGAGUUAGACACUAAUAGUUAUUAAAUACAGAUCGUGUCUGUAGUGAAAGUCUUCGAAUAGCCUGACAGUUGAAUUUUUUUCUGAAAUGUACAGUUACAUAAAUGAUUAAAAAUUGAUGAAUAUUCAGUCUAAUAGAGAUAAGUCAAUUUCGUAUAGUUUAUUUUGAGGAUAUCUAGUUGAAUAAUGGGUUUGGAUGGAUAAUUCAGAAGAAUUUUCCCCUAAAAUCCCUCAUUACUGAGAUAAUUGCCUGAUUUUCUUCUGGAAAAAGCAAGUUUUUUAACUCACUUUCUCAAUUAUGCAUUUAUCUCAGUAAUUAGUGGAUUUAGGAAAAAAUGUCAGAACAUCUUUUUUGCGGAGGAGGAAAUUUUCUACAAAAAAUCUUUCUUGACAUUUUUCGAUAAACCCCUUUGUUCCAGAGAUAUUCGCGAAAUAACCCUCGAUGAAGAUCAUAUGAAUCCAAAAAUGUCUUUAACUCGCGAGAGAAUCAUCUCCAAUCUUCCAGUCUAAUUGUUGAAUUAAUCAGACAACUGAAGAACACAAAUUCGUUAAUCUCGCGACAACCCAAGUAUUUUCGUUCGAUUAAAAAAAUUAAUGGAGGAAAAAGUUAGAAGCGAAAUUAAUGAAAUUAAAAUAAACAUUUAAUUAAA